AUGGGCAAAUUUGUACUAAUUUUCUUAAUUUGCUUCAUUGCACUUCAAAAGGUUCAAUGUGAGAAUGAUUCUGAAAUUGAAGCUUCUAAUAGUGUUGAAGUCGAUAACAAUCAAGACGAUGAAGCAACUGAUGACGAGGGAACUGGAUAUGAAACUACCGACGAUGAAGGAACCGGAGAUGAGGAUGAUGAUGACGAUGAAAGCGGAGAUGGAUCUGAUGGUGGCUCCAAUAAUGGCUUUAAUAUGAACUUAGAUGUGAACGUAGACUUGGACUUGGAUCUUAAUGAUAUGAAAGAAAUGUUCAAACGCAAGAAAAAGCAAGAAGAUUCAGAUUCUUCAGAAACAGAUCAUCAAGACAAAAAGAAGCAUAAAAAGUCGGAUCACAAGAAAAAAGUGAAUAAAGAAGACGAAGAUUCUUCUGAAGAAGAACAUCACGAACAUAAAGACAAAGGAAAGAAAAAGAAGAAUCAUGAACACGAUUCCGAUAAAAAAGACUUAAAAAAUAACAAGAAGAGAAAGACUGACCUCAAAGAUGACAAAGACGACAAGGAAAGUCACAAAGAAGGUCACAAGAAGAAAAAGCUGAAUUCGAAGGACCUUGAUAACAAAGACAAAAAAUCAGAUUCUAACAAAAAAGACACCGAGAAAAAGAAAAAUAGUUCAACUAACAAAGAUUUAGGAAAUAAAAAGAAAAGAACCGAUUCUAAGGACAAGAACGACAAAAAAGACAAGGAUAAGAAAAAGCAUAGUUCAAAGCAAAAAGAGAGCAAAAAAGACAAAAAUAAGUCGCUUAAGAGAAAAACUAAGCAUAAGUCUACAAAAAAAUGCAGCGGACUUCGAAAAAUCAUGAAAAGAUGUUAA